UUUCAUUUUUUAUAUUUGUUACCUUAAAGGGCAGUCGGCGUGGGUCUGUCUUAUGUUUUGAGACUGAAUCGGCACAAUUUAUUUGUUCCGUUCCAUUUCACUUCAUCUGAUAGGGAUCUUUAGGGAUUUUCUUGUUGUUCUCCUAGUCCUAAUAAGGUCCGAGUAGACCAGCCUUGUUCGGUAGGGUCUUCUAGAUCAUUUUGAAAUUUUUUGUUUAGUGGUAUAUAGUUUUGUUUGUACAAUCGUAGUGUGAUUUCUCUUUGUAUUCAUAUUGUUUGUUUGUGUAAGUCUUGUAUUUACAUAUCUGUGAUUCUCUUGUCAAAGUCUUCUAUUUAUUGAUUUCUUUUAAAGCAGACUGUAUUGUUAUCUAUAUUGUUUUUGUGUUCGUCACCUAUACUUUAAUUUAUCUCUUUAUUCUCUCAUUAAUUAAUUUUUUUUUCAUUUUUUCACUGCACAUAUAACAUGUUACAAAGAUAUAUUUGAAGUAAUAAUAUUGUGUACAUAUAUACUAUCACUUGAAUUAGAGCCUUAUUUUUUGAGCUCUUGUACUUAUUUUGUAUUGACACAUUUCUCGUACUCUGAUUAUUUUGUUGGUACAUUUUGACGCAACACAUAUUACUAUUGACUCAUUUGUACAUUGUAUUUGGCACACAUUGAUUACAAACUCAACACAUUUAUUGGCCAUCUAUUAUUUAAAUAUCAAAGAUACAUGCAAAGUGAGACAUUAUUAUUUGUAUUUUGAUAACUAAGCACUCACUACACAGUUAAUACUACAUACAGAUUGGAAUCCUAUAUAUUUGUUGACUUUAUACACGUUGAAGAUUAUUUAAUAUUUAUUGACAUUAUACACACUUGAAGCCUAAACCCAUACCUAUCAACAAUGUCUACCUAUGAUAAAAUCUUGGAGUUGGCCAGAGAAAUGGAAUUGAAGGGUGAAAAGAAAAGAGAAUUUAUCGAAAGAGAAUUGGAUGAAUUAAAGAAGAAAGAACGUGAAGUAGCGGAACGAGAUGAACGAGCGGCAGAAAGAGCGCAUCAGAAAGAAAUGAAAGAAAUAGAGGGAAAAGUUGAGUUAGCUAAACUGGAAGCUGCAAAAGUGAAUCCGAACAUAUUACAACCACUGACACAGCAAGCCAAACCAUACGUCUCGAAGUUCCAUAAGUUCAAUGAGAAAAACGAAACUCUUGAAAACUACAUUGUGCAAUUUGAGCACAUAGCCUCAACGUAUGACAUGUCUCCUAGAGAUAUGGCCAAGCACCUACUCGCCAAUCUUGCAGGUGAACCGCUGAACAUAAUAGCCACCCUGACACCUGAACAAAAGACUGACUACAAGGCUGUGAAAAACAGACUCCUCAAACACUUUGGCAAAUCCGAGGACCACUACAGAAAACUCUUUCAAGACAUCAGAUUGCAAAAGAACGGUGAUUACAACAGAAUUAUUUUUGAAAUUAAGCAAAAUAUCUUAAAGUGGCUUGAACUCUCCAACUGUGAUAUGACGAGACCAGACCAAAUCAUUGAUAUGUUCUUAAUUGACAGUGUACUAUUGAAUGUUACAGACAACAUUUUCACUUUCCUGAAAGAGAAGAAAAUUAAAAACGAAACAGAACUCAUAACUAACCUGAAUUUAUUCAAAGACAGCCAUCCCAAUCACACCAUCGACAGAAGAGACCAUCAAAUAGCUGCCACCAUUAACACUGAUUCAAGUAAAUUCAAAUACAGCAGCAACAAUAAAACCUGCUUUAACUGCGGCAUAAAGGGUCACAUAAAGAGCCAAUGUAGAUCAAUCAACAGAAGCACUUUCCAGUAUCAAAGUGGCACAUAUCGAGACAAUAAAUAUGACAACAGAAGAAACAGCAGAGCAACCCAAAGUUACAGCCCUAAUGAUAGAAGAAGGCAAUACAACACCAACAACGAUAAUUACAACUUCCAGAACUAUCAAAGAAGACAGCAAUACAAUACCAACAACUUUCAGAACUAUCACAGACAAUCCAGACGUGAUGGCUACGAACGAAACAGAUACAACAGAAAUACUUCAAACAGAUGGCAAAGAAACAGCAACAAUAGAAUCCAUAGACGCCCUAGCAGUUAUGACAACUCAGCCGCAACCAUCGACACUCACGAACACGAACAUGUAGCAUUCAUGAACUCAACUCCAGAAAAUAAUUCCUAUCCAUUACUUACAAACGGGCUGGACAACGCAUCACGAAACAGUAACAUUAGAACUGGAAACACACAUGACACUAGUAGUUAGCAAGCUAGACAUAGGGCAGCACAACAUACAAUUUUGUUUAUUAUACAAUAGGAUACAACACCAUCACAAAAUCACUAAAUAUCAGUAAUAUAACUAAACAAUGACAUUGUUCACAUAAGUCAACAACUAUAAUUAUCACACUAUUUUACAUAACACUAGCACCGUUAAGGACUCAUUAGCCAGUACAAGUGUAAUUCAUUGAAUCUGUUGAUGCCAUAUUCUACAUAUAACUUUGAUUGUAUUUGUACACAUGACACUUCAAAAGGUCAUAUGUGCCCAAUUUUUGCAUAUGUGUAAAUUAUUUUUCCAAGAGUCCAUUUGAACAGAACGCAGUCAUAUUAAAACCUGAGUAUGUGACACUAUUUAUUGAAAUGUAUUUUUCAUUUUUUCAAAUGUACAUAACCUUUGUAAAUUGUAUAGAUAUGACUGUGACAUUGAUCUUCACUGAUGAAUUUAUUUUUUCCCACAUAUCAGUUUUGAAGACUAUUUGAGCUUAAUUCGAGGCUUGAAACGAUACACUUGAUGAUAUGUAAUGCAAACAAUGAUUUUUUGAAAAGAAUAUUGUAUUUAAUUAGUGAGAUCUAUUUGAGCAUUACUGAUGGCUUGAAAAAUAAUUGAUACUGUGUAAUGCAAACUGAAUCUUUGAAUAGAAGAUUGUACUUAAUAUGAGAAGUAUUGGAGCAUUAUUGAUGGCUCAUGAAGUAAUAUAUAUAUAUAUAUAAUGUGUGAUGUAAUCGCUGAUUUUUUGAGGAGAAGAUUGUAUUUAAUAUGAGAAAAUUAUUUGAGCAUUAUUGAUGGCUCGUGAAGCAAUAUAUUUGAUGAUGUGUGAUGUAGACACUGAUAUUUUUUGAGGAGAAGAUUGUAUUUAAUGACAAAACUUUUGGAGCAUUAUUGAUGGCUCAAGCAGUAUAUUUUAUAUUAUGUGAUGAUAACACUAAUUUUGAGAAGAAUAUUGUAUGGAUAUGAGAAAACUAUCGAAGCAUGAUUAAUGGCUCGAAGUAAUAUACUUGAUUUUUGAAAGAACAUUGUACUUGAUUCAUGAAGACUAUUGGAGCACUAUUAAUGGCUCAAAGUAGUAUAUAUAUUUGAUUUUUGAAUAGAACAUUGUAUUUGAGUGAUGAAGACUAUUAGAGCACUAUUAAUGGCUCGAAGUAACAUAUUUGAUGUUACAUAACGUGAAAAGCUGAUUCAUUUUUUCGAGAGAAGAUUGUAACUUACACUUAUGUUAAAAGAACUUGUGCUCACAGUAAGACAUAUGAGCCAAAUGAAUAUCAUGAUAACGACCUUGAUGCUUUAAUAUGCUUAUGACUUUGAUGAUUUAAAUAUGUUCCUCAUAAAUCAUCAUUAAAGAAUAUAUUUUCUUGACUUUCAUGAUUUAGUAGCAUUGUCAAAACAUUGCCAUUAUUUUUGUACAUAAACCAUUGAGACAACAUAAAUAUUUAUUAUAGAUACAUUUCACUUGCAUUGAUUUAUUUUAAAGAACAUUGUCAAUAUCUUUUCAUUUGACCAUGUAACCAUUGUCAAUAUUUUUCAUUUGAUUAUGUAACCUGCUGUGAUAAACUAAGUAUAUUUGUAUAGGAGCAUUUUUCAUGGCUGCUCAUUCCUUUGUAAAAUUAAUAUUGAAAGCAUUCUUUUGAUAAAUUGAGAAUUUACUUUGAAAUUUUGUGUAAAGAAACACUUGCUUUUUGAGUAAUGUUGACAACUAUGAGUAUUGUCUACACAGACAAAUAUUUUUUAAAAUAUUGUAAGGUCAAAUGAGACCAUAUAUUAGUCUCAUCAAAUUUUUUGAUGGCAUGAUAAGACAUGUGCCAGAGAUUAUAGCACACAUUGUACAUUUGUAUGGAUUAUUUCUCUCUCAAAAGAUGUGACUAUACAUAUAAUAGUAUUAUUACUUAAAUUUCAAAAGAUUUUUACAAAAUCUUUUUUUUUUGAGGGAAAGGGCGUAAUGUCACAGUCUUAGUUGACAUUGCAUGAUCUAAAGUUCACAUCAUGUUAAUAGUUUAAAAGACACGUGGAAUUCCUAAUGUAGAAAACAGGAAGUAGAAUGAAUAAAGUUGACUUUGAAGUCAGUCAGUCAGUCAAGUAAAGCAGUCAAGUGAAGUCAAGUUAGAAGUCAAGUGUUAUUCUUUGGACCGAGUGGUCAAGUAUAUUUUAGUCCGGGAUGGACAGUAGCGACUUAGAAAAGUCUGUAGUAAUUUCAGUUAGAAAGUAACUUGUGGGCAGUUGUUGCCAGUGGUCUUUUGAGACAUGUAUUAGUUAAUCUAUAUUUCUACACAGUGUUGCCCGCUGAGAUGCAGACAUGAUUUGUUGUUAACGUAUUGGAUACUUUUGAUACCGCUGUUAUGCGGAUAGGAUUAUUAUUUCUUGACUUGUAGCACUAACAAGGAGUGCAGUAUAUUAUUAUUAUUAUAGUAAAAUAAACUUCAUGUUGUCUGCUGAACGGACUUGAGUCAGUCGUAUAGUGUUUGUCUUGUCACGUGUCUAGAGUUCUUCAGGAAGUAAGAACUCAAUAUUACACCAUUCAACGUUCAUUGACAGACCCCCUCCCUCCCAACCAUUUCCUCUGCCUUAUCUUGAUGACUUUGACUUUAAUUAGACAUUAAGCUUUCCAUGUGCUGAAAUUUAGCAUUGUAGAACGGGAAAUAAAUUGUCUAUGACAGUUCAAAGUGUGUAUACAUUUUUUUUGACGCACCCUGUAAAUAUAUUGUAUUCAGUGAUUUUUUUAUUUUACCAUUUUCUAAUAUUAGUUUGUUAGCUCAAUAACUAUUAACCUUUUAGAUUGUUAUCUUUCAUAAUGUUAAGACUAGAAAACAAGAUCUCAAAAUUAUAUUUAGGACGAUGAUUACAAUUACUUAGUCAAUUACUUAGAUAAAAUAAUUAUAAAACAAAAGUUAUAUAAAGACAUAAUUAUACAAUGUUUAUAUUUUGUAUGUUCAUAAAAAUGUGUAUAGCAGUGUUAUGGAGUGUGUGUGUGUGGGUGUUUCCAAGGUAACGUUGAGAAAUUAGCGAUUGUUAGAUUUUGUUUAAAAUACCAUUUUAUAUUAUUGCUACUAGAUUUAUUUCAUUUCAUCUAGGUUAGUAUUAGGGUUAGUGUUAUGUUGUAAUAAAAGUUAUAUUUAGUUUUGUUUCAAGAAGUUUUUUCAAGUUUCACAAUUAAAUAUAUAUAUAUAUAUCCAAGCAGUAGUUCUCACCAAACUUUCAUACACUGGCAGAACUACCUUAAAAAAAUGUUCUGCUGGAGGCUGGUGUGGGUAGUAUAGAAGAAAUACUUAUCAUUCAACAUCUGUGAUGGGUUGGAAAAUUAUCCCACAUGGGGGGCGACUGCAUGCCAAAUAUAUCUUCAAGGAUGGCGUAACGGGGUGCUCCUGUAAGCACUAUAAAGAUUAACUCAGGCACCUUUUUGCCAUAGAGGAAAGUAGGUUGUAAUAGGGUUUAUGAAAACACUGCACCAAUCUUUUAUCUUCAGCAUCAUUAUUAUUAUUAAACCAUUACUCAAAUUUUGCUUUGUUAUUUUGCCAUGUAGAGAUUUACUGCUGCUGGGGUGAACAAUGCUUAAAAAAAUACAAAUAUGCUGUGUUUUUACUUUGGCCCAGCGGUGGCCCCCACAUUUAUGUCUUUUGUAUUUUUCUAUACCAGUUCUGUUACUAUGCAAAUGCAAUAAAAAAAAAAAAUACAAGUUGUUGCACUAUUGAUAUUUUUUAUACUAAUUUUUUAUUUAUAUUAUUAAUUAUUUAUUAUUAUCUAAGCAUCUGUUUGUAUUUGAGCUGGGUAAUGAAUAUAGAUUCUUAAAUUUAAUUGUUGUUUGUUGCUUUCCUCACUUUUAAACUGUGACCAUGUAAAUUUUGUCUAGAUGGAGAAUGGUAAUGUCUUAGUGUUAAUGAUUAGAUUGAGAAUGGUAAUGUCUUAGUGUCAUUGAUAACAGUGAGAAUGGUAAUGUCUUAGUGUCAUUGAUAAGAUUGAGAAUGGUAAUGUCGUAGUGCCAAUGAUAACAGUGAGAAUGGUAAUGUCUUAGUGUCAAUGAUAACAGUGAGAAUGGUAAUGUCUUAGUGUCAAUCAUUGCAUUGAGAAUGGUAAUGUCGUAGUGCCAAUGAUAACAGUGAGAAUGGUAAUGUAUUAGUGUCAUUGAUUAGAUUGAGAAUGGUAAUGUCUAGUGUCACUGAUUAGAUUGAGAAUGGUAAUGUCGUAGUGCCAAUGAUAACAGUGAGAAUGGUAAUGUAUUAGUGUUAUUGAUUAGAUUGAUAAUGGUAAUGUCUUAGUGUCAAUGAUUACAUUGAGAAUAGUAAUGUCUUAGUGCCAAUGAUAACAGUGAGACAAUCAUUAGAUUGAGGAUGGUAAUGUCUUAGUGUCAAUGGUGUAACACUAUGAUUAGAGUGAGAUGAACGAGAUGAUUUCAGUUCACGUGAAAAUGGGUCUUACACAUUGUCAAGCAAAGAGGUACCAUUUUUGAUCACAUGACCACGUUUUUUUAGUAAGUAAGCGCCAUGAUGUAUCAAGAGACGUAGGUGUCUCUGUUUUAUGAAAUUGGAUUAAAUAAUAUGAGUACCUAAGUGGACAUUUUUCUAUGGAUGUAGUUUGUAUUUGAUGUGAAAUAAUUCGUGAUGAUAUUGUAUGGCUGAGAUUGCCUACUUUCUGAACUAUUAUUUGAUGUAAUAAAUAUUUGUCUGACA